GAAGCAGCAGCAGCUGCAGACCCAGCAGCAGCAGCAACAGCACAUACAGCAGCAGCAGCAGCAGAGGCAGCAAAUGCAGCACCAGCAGCUGCCAGUGCAAGUGUAGAGGGACAGCCGCCGCCGACGCAAGUGUUGGCUGCGGAAGCUACGGCAGCAGCAGCAACAGCAGCAGCAGCAGCAGAAUACGCAUCCAAAGAAGAUGCAGCAGCAGCAGCAGCGGCUCUGUCGACACCUCCAUCUUUAAAGGAGCUUGUCGAGCUGGCGGCUGCUGCAGCAACUAGCAGCAGCAGCAGCAGCAGCUGGUACUCCCCUGAAAACCUGCGCCUCAGCGAAAGGGGCAACAGAUACUUCUUCUUGCGGCAGCCGCCAGACGCAGCAGCAGCAGCAGCAAAACGCCUCGCCACUAUUUCCCUGUCUCACGCUGGAGGCCUCUUUGACAUAUUCGAGCCCUGCCAGCAGCAGCAGCAGCAGCAGCAGCAGCAGCAGCAGCUGGCUGAGAAGCAGCAGCACGCUCCUGCGCAAGUCAAAAGUGAGCCCCAGUGGGGCGCCGAAGUAGCGCACGCCGCAGCGGCGCCACAAGCGCAGCAGCAGCAGCAGCAACAGCAGCAACAGCGGCAGCAGCAGCCCCCGCUGCUGAGCGAGGAGCUGCAUGGUGUGGCUGCAGCUCGCGCCCGUCGGCUGCUGCUGCGUGGCCGCGGCAGCUGCAUGCGGCUGCAGCUGCUGCAGUCGCUGCAGCUGCUGCUGCGGACAGAAACUCCUGUGCUGCAGCUUCUCGAGAGCCGCUGCCAGUUUUGCGCCAGCAGCAACCGCAGCAGCAGCAGCAGCAACAUCCCCGCUAGUGUUCUUCUUCCCGAGGCCCCACAGCAAGAGAAGAACGCAGCAUUGUGGCUUAUGCAUCAUCUGCUGCACAUUUCCUACGACAGCAGCAGCAGCAGCUCAUGCUGUGGCAGCCAUGACCGCAGCAGCAGCAACAGCAGCAGCAGCAGCAGCAGAUCGAGCAGCAGUGUGGGGUCUCCCUUCAGCGAGACAGAUGAGCAGUUUGCUGUCUUCGCCGUGCGCUGUCUCGGCAGCAGGUGGCGGCAGCAGCUAAAAUGUCGCAUGCAGAGUAGUGACAGCUGCAGCAGCAGCAGCAGCAGCGGCAGCAGCAGCAGCAGCAACAGGCGCAGCACAAGCAACGAGUUGGGGCCUCCCCGGAAGCGGCUGGCGUUUGAGCGGCUGCUGCGUCUGUCGCCUGCCGCAGCAGCUGCGGGAGGGCGCUCUGCUACCACAGCAGCAGAAGCAGCAGCAGCAGAUGCAGCAGCAGCAGCGUCUGCUGCAGCUGCGUGUGUUGCAGUGCAGCAAGUCGGCAGGGUGGUCUUAAUGCGCCGCUACUCCCCUAGCUGCUGCUCUGUGCUGCGGCUGUUUCCCUCAGCAGCAGCAGAGCCUUCUGUCGCUGAGGCCGCAGCAGCACCUGAAGCUGCAGCAGCAGCAGCAGCGGCGCCCGCUGCUGGCCGCAGGGGUGGUCGCAAGGGCCGCGGUGGACGGUCUACGGGGCAGCAGCAGCAGCAGCAACAGCAGCAGCAGCAGCAGCAAAUGCAGCUGCUGCUGCUCCGCUGCUUCAAGGCGCAGCUCUUCCCGGGCCUUCUGCUGCAGGUGGACGGGGCCUUGCCUUCGCCCUUGCAGCAGCAGCUGCUAAGGAUACAGGAGGAGUCCCUUGAGUCUGCGCGCUUGCGCGGUGACUUCCUCCGCGCCGGCAUCCCCCGGUGGCCAGCAGCUUUGGGGGCCCAUUUGGCGCUGCCUUGCCGCUGUCUAAUUCUGAAGCGAUCUCCUGUGCAUGGCUUUGGCGUUUUUGCUGCUGAGUGGCUGCCUGUGGGAAUGCCUUUGGUGGAGUAUUCGGGCGAGGUGUACGUACACCCCAAGCACAAGCGCUACCCGCCACCGCAGCUUGCGGAGUUGCGGGAGGCUCGCUAUGACUGGCAGCACGGCAACUGCUACUGCUUUGCUGUUGAGGAGAAUCUUUGCACCCGAUACGUCGACGCAACAGACACGGGAAACUUAGCAAGGUACAUCAACCACUGCUGCGAACCCAAUGCUGAAUCUGUGCUGCUGGGCGACAGCAUUGUGGGCAUUGCAGCACUCAGAGACAUUCCCCCCGGAGAAGAAGUCUUCUACGACUACCACUUUUCGGACUCCUCCAAGGAGGCUUGCCUAUGCCAGGCUCCUACCUGCACCGGCAGCAUGUAG